GGUGGUUAAUGGUGAUUUGACUCGGGAGAACAGCACUGACGCUAUUAUGAAUAUCAUUAGCACGGACAUGAAGAUGGAUAACGCCGGAGACCUAAGCAAAGCCAUAGCAAGACAGAGUGGUCCACUAGUGCAACAAGAAUGCAACCAAUUGGGAAAGCAGCCUCCUGGAACAGCGAUAAUGACCAGCGGAGGUAAUCUACAAGUACCUCAUAUUAUUCACAUAAUUCCAGGCUCCUCAGAUAAGCAGCAUCUCCAGAAAUGUUUAGAGAAGGGUCUUCGUGUUGCCGACGCCAAUUACUUUCAAGCAAUCUCAAUUCCGUGCAUUGGCACAGGAGGAUACGGCUUGAAUGGAGCGGAUUCAGCCCAGCUGACGUUCAAAGCACUAAACGCAUUCAGUACCUUAUGUAAAAAUAUUAAGAAAGUAAGAGUGGUUGUGUUCCAGGCCUCUAUGAUGCAGGAGUUUCUACAAGAGCAGAAGAAACAACCAGUCCAAGGUAACGAAGGAGAUACUGACUCAGAGAAUGCAGCAGCCAGAGAAACCAGAAGUCGCGGACGUAGGCAGGAACUAGGCCAAAGUGACGAGCAUUCUGUAAGAAUUUCUGUGAUCGGCAAAGACAAGGUGAGCGUGGGAAAAGCCGUGGAAUCCUUGAAGAAAGGUUUUUCUGACGCUUGUACAAUGGAAAAAGUCGAAAGUGAAAUCGUCAGUCAGCUUUCCGAUAAGCAGAAGGAUAUCCUGAGGAAAAAAGCUAAAGACCGUGACGUCAAACUUGAAAUUGAGGAUGACGUGGAUCGCAUUGUUGUUCGUGGUGGACCAACCGAAGUAUCUGGAAUGGUCGGGGAGAUCUGGAAAGAGAUCAACGAGGGGACGAAAAAGAAGCAGGAGGAAGAACAAGCGAAGUUGCUUUCAAAGAACGUAGAGUGGAGCUAUGAAAUACGGGGCACAAAAGUGGUAUUUGCUUCGAAAGAAAAUGCCAAGAUUGAGCUGGCCCACAGCAAAGACGAUCACACAGUGCAAGUUUCUUUACGCGGAGACAAGUUUGUCAUCGACUUGAAGAGAAACUCUGGACUUGGACAAACGUCUGGUGAACAAAUAACACUGAUAAGAAAGGUGAAGGGUGCUGAAGAAGGAAUUGCUUUACCAAAGCACUGGGCACCAAUGCCCGGCCAUGACUCUACUGCACAUAAAGUACAACUGCUCCCAGGCUCCCCUGCGUAUCAAGAUGUCGUGCGCAAGUUCCAAGCCACAGCCGGUGCGUUAAAUAUUCAGAAGAUUGAACGCGCACAGAAUCCUCAUCUGUAUCAGUCUUACAUGGUACGAAAACAGAAAAUGGAUAAAGAUACGGGAGAAAAUAGUGAAAGACAGCUGUUUCAUGGAACUGAUGCUAAAAACAUCAACCAUAUCAACACACAAGGAUUCAACAGAAGCUUCUGUGGGGCUCAUGGCACGGUCUAUGGACGUGGUGUUUAUUUCGCUAGAGACGCUCAAUACUCUGUUAAUUACGCUGGGGGUGUUGGUUAUGGAAGUCGUCACAUGUACCUUGCCAAGGUCCUCGUUGGGCAGUAUUGUGUUGGGAAUCGUUCAAUGGUUGUGCCUCCACCAAAAAAUCCAUCAAAACCUGAAAUUCUUUACGAUUCUGUGGUAAAUGACCGAUCAAGCCCCAGCAUCUUUGUUGUUUUCUUUGAUAAUCAGUGUUACCCUGAAUACCUCAUAACCUUUUCAUGA